AUGCCACAUGGGUUACCUCCCUGCGACGAACAGCAUCAACUUCACGCAAGGUUGCACCCGAAAUCACACAUCCUCGCCAGCCUCUCCACCCAUUGCACUCGCAAGCAACUGAGGCUCAUGGACCAAGGCAUCAAGCUCCGUGAAGAGCUGUCGGAGAGCAAGCGAAAGCUGGCCGAGACGGACACCCUCGCUCGACUCCGAGCUCAGAACAACGAGGCCAUGCCGAACCUACUCCAAAGGAUGGGUAGCGAAUCGGCCUUCAAGGGAGUGCCCAGCGACGAGACAGAUGGCACCGAUGGCUGA